AUGUACACACAGCUCCCCUUUGACGAGCUCAAAGUUGACCCGAACCAAAAGAAAAGAAUAGCUUAUUUCUACGAUGCAGACAUUGGAAACUAUGCUUAUGGUGCCGGACAUCCGAUGAAGCCACAUCGUAUAAGAAUGGCACACUCGCUUAUAAUGAACUAUGGACUCUACAAGAAGAUGGAGAUCUAUCGUGCCAAACCAGCAACAAAACAAGAAAUGUGCCAGUUUCACACUGACGAGUAUAUCGAUUUCAUUAGUCGAGUGUCGCCGGACAAUUUAGACAUGUUUAGUAAAGAGAGUGUCAAGUUUAACGUUGGUGACGAUUGUCCUGUGUUUGAUGGAUUGUUUGAGUAUUGUGGAAUCAGUGGUGGUGGGUCAAUGGAAGGUGCAGCACGGUUGAACCGAGGCAAAUGUGAUAUUGCCAUUAACUAUGCAGGUGGCUUGCAUCAUGCAAAGAAAUCAGAAGCAUCUGGGUUCUGUUACUUGAAUGAUAUUGUGUUGGGUAUAAUCGAGUUGUUGAGAUACCAUCCGAGAGUAUUGUACAUUGAUAUUGAUGUGCAUCACGGUGAUGGUGUCGAAGAGGCUUUCUACACUACUGAUCGAGUCAUGACAUGUUCGUUCCACAAAUAUGGUGAGUUUUUCCCCGGAACUGGGGAAUUGAGAGAUAUCGGAAUUGGCAAGGGAAAGUAUCACAGUGUGAAUGUUCCCUUGAGAGAUGGUAUUGACGACGCUACGUACAAGUCGAUUUUUGAGCCGGUGAUAUCCAAGAUUGUCGAAUGGUACCAACCGUCAGCCAUUGUGCUACAAUGUGGGGGUGACUCUUUAAGUGGUGAUAGGUUGGGAUGUUUCAACUUGUCGAUGCAGGGACACGCCAAUUGCAUUAAUUUUGUCAAAUCGCUCAAUAUCCCAUUGAUGGUGUUGGGUGGUGGUGGAUACACAAUGAGAAAUGUGGCUAGAACCUGGGCUUAUGAGUCGGGCUUGUUAAACAACGUGAAAUUGCCAGCAGAGUUGCCGUACAAUGAAUACUACGAGUACUACGCGCCAAACUAUUCCUUGGAAGUACGUCCAUCAAACAUGUAUAAUCAAAACUCGCCUGAGUUCUUGGACAAGAUUAUGACUAGUAUAAUAGCCAAUUUAGAAAAUACUAAACAUGCGCCAUCGGUGCAGAUGAAUGACGUGCCCAAUGAUCCAGAAGAUUUGGGUGAUGUUGAAGAAGACAGCCCUGAGGCAAUUGAUACAAAAGGGGGAUCAGAAAUGAGUCGAGAUGCACAAAUACAACCAGAGAAUGAAUUUUAUGAUGAAGAUGAUAAAGAUGCCGGAGAGCAAAACAUAGAAGAGAAUGGGAAUAAAGAAAGUAACGGUGACCGCAGUAAGACUGACGUUGUUGUCGAAGAGGAGGAAGAUGUAAAGAUGAAGGAUGCUGAAGUUGAUGGCGACGAGACGCAAAACAACACCAUUGAGGACGACAAGACAAAAGAUGAAACUGCUGAUGCUUCGAUGUUGACAGAGGAGGAAUUGAAGGAGAUUGAGGCCAUAAAUGAAGCAGCGUUAAAGAAUGAAUGA